AUGGGUGACAAGCAACAAAUGGAGGCCGAGGGAGCCGAAUGUGACAGGAAGGAGCUUCUCAACAAGCGUGCGGUGAGUGUAGGCGAGAAGAAGAUCGAUCUUAUCGAGGAACGUCUGGGUAAUAUUGAAGAAGUCCUUCUUGAGUUGAAAUCUAGCCUUGCUCGCAAUUCCAAUACUGCUGAGCCGUGCUACCACGUGACUCCUGCCUCGAAGCAAAUGUCUCCAGAUACAUCUGGCUUUGCUUCCAAUACAACAGCCGCGUUGGAACAUGAGUCUGGUACUGGCUUUGAGGGCAACUCAUCCCUCGCGGCUCAUUCCGCCUACGCAAGUGCGUUUCUAGAGACCGUCGUUUCGCGAAGCGCGCCUCAAGUUUCUACCCCGAAGAUCAAUGCAGCGCUCGCGGCACUAAGGCAAAUCGUGAACAUGCAGAGUCAACCACCUGGGUCUUCGUCAAAAGAUGUUCCAUUGCCGAAUCAGAAAAGCUGUCGAGGUUCGAACUUGCGAGACCUGGUCAUGCCCCCAAUUGAGGUGGUUCUGCCAAUUUUGCGCCAAAUAAAAGAGAAUAUCCCUUUGGCCUUCGCAUGCUACUUUCCUUUCCUCAGUGUUGAUGACUUUAUCCAGAAAUGCCGCGAGGUGUACUUUGCAACAGAAGAUUACUCUGACGCCACUUUCAUGGUAGUCAAUUGCGGCUUGUAUCAUAUCUUUCUUGAGUAUAGCUUCCUUGCGGAAAGUCCACGGAUUCGAGACGAUUACCAGAAGUACAUCCAGCUUUGCCGGAAAAAUUUCGAAACCGUGCUAGCAAGCUUGACAUUGUUGAUGCCGGCAAGAUCGGAGUUAAUUGAAGCGCUUACCUUGGGAGCUAUUCAUGCCAUUGAAACAUCCAAGCCUUCGUUUGCCUGGACGCUGACGUCAAAUGCAGCUCGGCUGUGUCAGAAUCUUGGAUAUCACCGGAGUUCAUCGAUGAGUCAGUUUAGCGAUAAUGAGAAAGUAAAAGCGCUUUCGCUCUUUUUGUGUGUUUACUGUCUCGACAAGGCUCUUUCACUCAGACUAGGGCGUGCAUCAUCUAUACAGGAUUUUGAUAUUAUUAUUACCAUCCCUGAGGAUUUAGGAGGGUUCAAAGUCGACGAACCUUGGAGAACAAUGUAUCAUCUAUGGGUGAAGAUCGCCGAGAUUCAAGGAAAGGUCUACGAGCAGCUUUACAGUCCGGCGGCUUUAAGUCGACCGGAACGCGAAAGGGUACUUUGCGCUCGUCAAUUGGCGUCGGAGAUGGAAGUAGCCGUCAUGGAGCCAUUCAAGGUAGGCAUUCCGUGGAGAUCAAGUUACCACAAGGGAAGCUUUUUGAUUGACGGAUCCCUAGGAGCUCGAAAGGUCGUCACGUCCUCUAUCGGAGACUGA